UACCGGUACUUGAGCGACAGCCAGAGCACACGUCAGCGCAAACUGUUUAUAUUGUUGAUAAACAAAGUUUCUUGAUAACGUUGUUGAUUCGUGAUAUGGACGAAAAUGGUGCCAUACCACUCAUUAAAAUGGAACCAAAACAAGAAGAAGAAAUCAAUUCCGAUUUUCAAGAUCAUAUUUUAUUCCAAAUCGCUCGAUAAUGAAGAAGUACAACAGCAAACUCCCAACGAUUUUGAACGUGUCUUCGGUCCACACAGAACAAAUAGUAAGCUGCAAGUUAAACAACGUAUUUUUAAUUGUGCUCAUUGUAAUUAUGGAACAAAGAGUAAAGACCUACUUAAACGGCACAUUGUAACACACAAACGUAAUGAGAUACAUUGUGCUCAUUGUGAUUACAAGACAAGUCAUAACUACCGCUUUAAACGACACAUUUUGAAACAUAGCAAUUCUGUAUGUACUAUUUGUGAUUACAAGACAAAUAUUAAAUCCCAAUUUAGACGACACCUUUUAACACAUAAAGUUUCUAAAGAUUUGAAAUGUGCCAAUUGUGAUUAUAGAACAAAUAAUGAACAUUAUCUUAAACAACAUCUUUUAAUUCAUACUGAUUCUAAAGAAUUUAAAUGUACUCGUUGUGAUUACGAGACAAAUAUUAAUCAUCGCCUCAAACGGCACCUUUUAACACAUAACCUUUCUAAAGCUUUUAAAUGUGCUAAUUGUGAUUACAAGACAAAUGUUAAAUACCACUUUAAACGACACUUUUCAACACAUAUCAAUUCAAAAGAUUUUAAAUGUGCUCAUUGCACUUAUGGAACAAAUAAUGAAAAAUAUCUUCAACGACACCUUUUAAAACAUAUCGAUUCUAAGGAUUUUAAAUGUGCUAAUUGUGAUUACCAAACAAAUGAUAAAUGCUACUUUAAACGACAUCUUUUAAAACAUACCAAUUCUAAAGAUUUUAAAUGUGCCCAUUGUGAUUACACGACUGAGAGAAAAUACUACUUUAAAGUGCACCUUUUAACACAUACCGAUUCUAAAGAUUUUAAAUGUACUAAUUGUUAUUAUGAGACAAACAACAAAUACUGGUUAAAACGACACCUUUUAAAACAUAAAGUUUCUAAAGAUUUUAAAUGUGCUCAUUGCGAUUUUGAGACACAUAACAAAUACUGUAUUAAAACCCACCUUUUAAGGCACACAAACCGGUUUUCAAAGGAACGCAUUUCUCCUUAACUUAAAUAUUAGUUAUUUAGUGUGUGGCUUGAUGAGAUGGACGUAUACUAACUAGAUUUUUCGAUAUUUACGUGAAUUCCCGAAAACCAAACAAUUUUAGCGGAAUAAGCAAAGUUAUCGUUCCGAGGUUUUCUUUAAAAUGUAACGAAUGUAACUCAUUUAGCUGUAGAUAUUAGAAUUAUUAUAUAUCAGCAUUUGCUUAAUUGUAUU